GUCCUGCUAGUAAAAAAUUCUCCACGAGUCAAAUACUCAAGCUUGUACAAGUUUCCAAAAUUAAUUAAGAGAAUAAACCUCUCUACUCAGACAGGUCGAGUGAAUUUGAAGAUCAAAAGAAGAGGAAGGAGGAACAAAUUUCUCUUGGCCUCCUUCAUCAUCGGCAUACAAAUCACCAGGCAAUGUCGAAGAAAAUAAUGACAAGAGAAGAGUGGGAGAAAAAGCUGAACAAUGUAAAGAUUAGAAAAGAGGACAUGAAUAGACUGGUGAUGAACUUUCUAGUCACCGAGGGUUUUGUGGAAGCAGCAGAAAAGUUUAGACUGGAAUCAGGAACAGAACCUGACAUAGAUCUUGCAACCAUCACGGAUCGGAUGGCAGUUAAAAAAGCAGUACAAUGUGGUAACAUUGAAGAUGCAAUUGAAAAGGUUAAUGAUUUGAACCCUGAGAUAUUGGACACAAAUCCCCAGCUCUUUUUUCAUCUCCAGAAACAAAGGUUCAUAGAAAUGAUAAGGAAUGGCAAGGUGGAAGAGGCUUUAGAGUUUGCUCAGGAGGAACUUGCUCCAAGGGGAGAGGAAAAUCAAACAUUUUUGGAGGAGUUGGAGAGGACGGUCACAUUGCUGGUAUUCGAAGAUGCUGCAAACUCCCCUUUAGGAGAUCUUUUAGAUAUUUCUCAGCGUAUGAGGACAGCAAGUGAGGUGAAUGCUGCAAUUCUUACCAGCCAAAGCCAUGAAAAAGAUCCCAAGCUUCCAAGCUUACUUAAGUUGCUGAUAUGUGCACAAAACCAACUCGACGAAAAAGCCGCUUAUCCCCGCAUUAAGGAUGUUUCCACUGCCGCUCUUGAAGACCCAUCUAUCUGAACAAGUGCUGCAAAAAUUCAACACCUUUGGGGUGGUUUGAACAUACAAUCUAUAAACCCCAAACAGUAAGUCUCUCUCUCUCUCUCUCUCUCUCUCUCUGCUUUGGAAAUGGAUUAUUGCUCCUGAGAAGGUUUUUCUUACUUUUACUGGUGUGCAACUUGAUGCUGUUGUUGGGAUAUUGUUAUAGAACUGUUAUUAUAAUGUAAUUUUAGUGAGUUGUCAGGUUUCAUUCGUUGGUAGAUAGAUCAUACGUUGCCCAGACGAAUGCUUCGGUUCUCUUUUAAAACUUCAAGUUGCAUAUGACCAUUGUGGUUUUCAUUUCUCUGUCUCAGUUUAAAUGGGUAUAUUUCGCAGGGGGAUGAGCGAUUAAUGUAGUUUUUGGAACACGAAUUAAUACGUUGAUGGGGU